UAAAUAAGAAUAGUCAAACCUGCAUUAAUCAGUGGACAAUUUUUGCUGGUCAAAAUCCUGAAAUGUGAAUAUGCUAAAAAGGUAUUCCAUAGUCUACCCCAAUAAAAUACAUUGUCGGUUUUCCAUAACAUUGUUAUCGAAGAAUAUAAUGUACUCCUGGUAGAUUUCUUUUUUUGCAAACAUAAAAUUUCAGCCGAGAUGCAAACAAUCGGCUGCCACCAGCACAGCCACCAUUCAAUCGCCGAUCUCCGCCGAAACAAUCACCGCUCUCCGGCCGUAGAGACAUAUCCCGUGAUCCGCGCCUACAAAGAUGCCAGAUUCGAAGGUCGCAAAAAGAAGGGCUCAACCAGAACAUCGAGGUUGGCCGAGUCCUUGUCAAACUUCAUCAAUCUUCAGAUCGAGACGGCCACCAUUGCCCGACGGAACAAUCUUGUGAACGUCGAAGACAAGGCCGACACUCCCAUAUCGUCUCCCAAGCAAAAUAUAUCCAGCGAAUGGCGCGAACUUCACGGUUGCCGGGAAUGGGAAGGUCUUCUCGACCCGCUCCACCCGUUUCUCCGGCGAGAGGUCGUCAAAUACGGUGAAUUCGCACAGGCAACGUACGACGCGCUUGAUUUCGACUACUGCUCGGAGUACGCCGGGAGUUGCAGGUACAAUCCUCACAAGCUGUUCGACGAAUUGUCGCUUACAAGGAGCGGUUACAGAGUCGUCAAGUACAUGUAUGCCAUGUCGCAGGUCGACCUACCGGAGUGGCUAGAGGCGUCUAGAUUGGUGGACCGGUGGAGCAAGGACUCGAAUUGGAUCGGAUUUGUGGCCGUGAGCGACGACGAAGAAACGCUACGGAUUGGGCGGAGAGACAUCGUUGUGGCGUGGCGGGGAACAGUGACGCCAACGGAGUGGUAUGAGAACACUCAGAACAAGCUGGUGGCGAUCGGGCAAGGAGAAGGCAAAGUCGAACAAGGCUUCCUGAACAUCUACACUUCGAAGUGCGAUUCCUCGCCGUACAACAAAUCCAGCGCGUCGGAGCAAGUCAUGCGCCAGCUCCGAGAGUUGGUGGAAGCAUACGGAGGCGAAGAAAUGAGCCUGACAAUCACCGGGCACAGCCUGGGUGGCGCGCUAGCCGUUCUGAACGCCUACGAGUCGGCAGCGAACUUCCCCGGCCUCCCAAUCGCCGUGAUAUCCUUCGCGUCACCAAGAGUAGGAAACAUCGCGUUCCGCGACGAGCUGUACCAGAUGGGCGUCAAAACGCUGCGCGUGACGGUGAAGCAGGACUUGGUGCCAAGAAUGCCUGGGAUCGUGUUCAACGAAAGCCUGCAGAAGUUUGAUGAACUGACAGGAACACUGGAGUGGGUUUACACGCACGUGGGAGCUGAACUGAAGCUGGAUGUGAGAGCAUCACCGUAUCUGAAGAGAGGGUUUAAUUUCAUAGGGAUCCAUAUGCUGGAGACGCAUCUUCAUCUGGUGGAUGGGUGGGUGAGCAGGAGCUCAACGUUUAGGGGCGACGCCAAAAGGGAUGUGGCGUUGGUGAAUAAAGAUUGUGAUAUGCUGGUGGAUGAGCUCAGAAUACCACCCAACUGGUUCCAGUUGGCCAAUAAAGGUCUGGUGCGUAAUGCUUCUGGUAGGUGGGUUAGGCCCAAAAGGAAACCUGAAGAUGUGCCUUCACCAACCACCUUCUAACCUCAAAAAGGUCGGAAUCUUCUUUUUUCCGUGUAAUCCUUUUUUAAAAUAUACAACGUAGCAUUUUAUCUGGGAGAGAUAUGAAUCUUCCUUGUCUAGUAUGUCCCGAAGCUAUUCUGCAUUGGGCGGGUAUGUACAUGAUAGAGUAUAAGUCUAGAAAAAAGCGAGAGCUAGAGAGAAGUGAAAUAAGUUCUGCAAUAAAUGGAUUUGUCAACC